AUGGAGUCGAUCAGAGUGGACGCCAGCAUCAUCUCGCAAUUCACGAAAAAAACCGUCCGUGUCAUCGGCAAACUCAUCGACAAGUCCACCGGCGCAGGCACUGCGAUCGUCCAGUGCAACGGCUCUAUCCAGCUCAAGUUCCAAAACCAGCAGGCCCUGCUCGAGUCGCUCUUGCUGAACAACUGGUACGAGUGUAUUGGUAUAGUGGACACAGACAACAGCGUGAAGGUGAUCCAGAUCAUUGAUUUUGGCGAUCAAAUAAGCGAGCCUGCCGUGACGAAGCUGGUGGAAAUGAGCCACAAGGUGCCGCAGCUCUUCUACACUAGUCUGAGUUAG